UGGUAACUGAAGCAACGGGAGGGCACCCGGGGAGAAUCAGUCAGGCACUGCCUACCUUGAAAUCAAUACGGUGGAUUAGAACAAGCCAACUCCGUCCGUCAAGUUUUCUCCGUGUGAUAUGUAUCCAGUUUGUUCCUUUGGAGAGUGCCUUGCGCGAUAACAACUGCAGUGGUUCACUGAGACACGAUUGUCUUCCUGAGCCAGUUUCAGCCGCGGAACUGCUCGAAGGCUUAUAGCAGUAAGGACCCGUGGGGAAUGCUUCAGUCCAUUUCAGUGCCGCCGACGGCCCUGGAAGGGCCUUUCUGUAUAAGCCUGACAGUUGACCUGAGCCUGCUGUCCACUCUUGACCCUCGACCCUCACCUUUUCCAUGCCUCUUCGCACCGAUCACACCCUUCCAUCUCCGUCCCGCCAUCGCGCCGCUGGCGGCUCGGCUGACGGCUCUCUCUCCAUCCCUCCGGGUCUGGUCAGUGGUCAGCGCAGCAAAAAGCGUCAGCAAGACAGAGGGACCACGCCGGCCACUAGUCUCUCAACAUUCUCAAUAUUCAGGAGGCAACUGUAUCCGUCUCAGAGCCCACCUUUGACAAGUAUAGUGGCCUCCAGAACCAGAUCAUGAUCUGCGCCCAGAGCGAUGGGAUAUAUAGUGCUUCUCUGUG